UGUUUUGCAUUUUGCAGCGAUUCAAAAUAAUAAAGUUCCAUCUUAAACUGAACAACAUGUGGUCUUUUACUUGACCAUCUGCAUUUGUGAAUGUAAAAUUUACAAUUUAAUAAUAAAAAAAAUAAAAGAUCGUCUUUAUUCUAAUGAACUUUAAAGUCUCACACACAAAAUAAAAAAAUAAAUAAAAAAUACAAUAAAAACACAUAAAAAUCAUAAAAUGAGUGUGAAAUUGUUUCAACAUCAUAAUCACACAAAAAAACAUUUUACAUCAAUGUCACGUUUGUAUUUUUUAAGUGUCUGAUUUGUUGGGCAAUUAUUUUGAAAUACACAUCUUUAAGUUCGUCGGCGGCGAUGGCAGCGAUCGUCAAUAUUAAUAUAAUUGCUCCCCUUGGUUUAAUGUAAAGCACUUUGAGCUGCAUUUUACGUAUGAAAGUUUAUCGUCGCUAUCAUUAUCGUCAAGAGGCGCUUGGCCGAAAACGUUGAAAGGUCGGCGCGCCUGCGCGGUGGCUCGCCCGAACGUCAGCGGGCUCCUGUGGCGUGAUUGGUGGAGGCGUUUCCGCAUGGUGCGCCGCGGCCAGUCAGCGAAAUGUUUUCCUGUGACGUCGCCGGAGCGGGGUGGUAAGUGACGGAAAAGUGCACGGCGGCUACGGCUAGUAACGGCUUUAUAAAUCCGGCCCUCGCCCUCGUCCGCCUCGGGUACUUUCAGCCAUUCCCGUCGAGCGUCGCUCCUCCGUGUUUUGAGAGAGAAAAUGGGACGCGUCUCCGUUUCGAAGGCAGUUAGCAUCGGCUAGCGCUUAAGUCGGACGCCUGCUAGCUUGGAGGCGCUAGGCCGCGGGGGAGAAAAGGGAGGCGGUUGGGCGAAACGAAGCUUCGUUAAAUAUUCGAGUUUCCGUUUUCGGGGGGAAAAAAACCCCCCGAGUGCCUCCCGUCAACCAGCGCGCUAGCGAGUCUCUCGUCUUCCAGCGGAGAAGUUCGCUUCGGCUAAGCUGGCUAGCUAGCUAGCUGGCCGUUGCGCUUAGCUUAGCUGAGCUAGCAUGAGCGACAUGACGGACUACAAACAGUCCGCUGACUCCGCGUCCAGGAAACGCUGCCCGUCGCCCGACCGCGAUGGAAGCGGCGCGAUUCCCAGCAAGGCCGCCAAAGUUAACGACCGGUCGAACGAGGAGCCGUCCACUUCGCGAAGCGGCGAGAGUAAUCGCGCCGAAAACAAAGGGGCUGCGCGGAGCGGGAAGCGGGCGCAGGGCGCCGAGGGAGAGGCGGUACCCGCUCAGACGCAGCCGGGCUCCGACAGCGCGGCGGCGGCGGCCGGGGCGAGCGGCUCGGCCGAGGCGCGGCGUAACGACGCCGGCGCCCCGGCCGACAAAACGCAGCUGUCGGACGCGAACGGGUCGUGUGACACAGAAGCGGACGCCGAGAAGGAUGCGGAAGGAGAACAUCGACCCUCGACCUCUAUGGACCUGACUGAUUCCGCAGCCAUUGCGGCCGCUGAAGCGCUCGCCAGUCUUACAGGAGGAGACGGGGAAGACGGCGAAGAGACUCCUUGGUUGUCCAAAAGGGCUAAACAGGAGAAAGCCGGGUACAAAAUCAAGUGUGGCCGCAAUUCCUUAAAGCAGGGUCCUAAAACGCAGGCGGCCGCGGCUGAUAGCUCCACGUCGAUGCACAGUGUUGACAGGGAGGAAGCAAGCGACGUCCACGAUGCGGACGAAGGGGACGAUUCAACGCCUGGCUCGUCCUCCACGCCAAGCUCGUCGUAUCCAUCCGACAAUGAGGACAACGACGAUGGAGAGUGUGCCAUAGUCUCCGUUAAGAUGGCCCCGGAGAUCCGACAGUCGGUGGCUCUUCUUGCCCAGGUCCAGAUGAGGUUAGAAGCCCUGGAUAAAAAGAGUGCCCGGCUUCACCAGCGGCUGGAGCUGAAGAUGAGUCGUCAGCGGCGCCCCCAUUUGGACCAGCGCAGUUCCAUCACACAGUCCAUACCUGGCUUCUGGGUCACAGCCCUGUUGAACCAUCCUCAUCUUUCAGCCCACAUUGAUGAGACUGAUGAAGAUGCUCUCAGUUACAUGACUGACCUAGAGAUUGAAACUUUCAAGAAUGACAAACUAGGCUACAGGAUCCGCUUCCACUUUAAACGGAACGCUUACUUCCAGAACAACAUCAUCAUGAAGGAGCUACAUCUUGGGAUUGGAGGAACCCCCGCGUCAUACUCCAACCCCAUCCUAUGGCAUCGCGGACAAAACCUGACGGCCCAUAGUGAGCCCAGGAAGACAUCACGUGGGGUCUACCAGACCUUCUUCAACUGGUUCAGUGACCACAGCAACCCAGGCAGAGAUGAUAUAGCACAGAUACUGAAGGAUGACCUGUAUAAAGAUCCUCUAAGAUAUUACCUGACUCCGCUGUGGGAACCAAGGGAGAAUGGAAGUAGUUCCAGCGGAGCCCGAGCAGCUGAGAACAGUAAUGGGGAUGAAUGUGUGGUGAUCUCAGACUCUGAUGACGACCAGGAGCAGGGAGAGGCUGGAGCAAGCAGGGAGGAGGAGGAGGAGGAGGAGGAGGAAGAAGAGGAAGAAGAAGAAGAAGAAAGGGGGCAAGACGCAGAUGACAGCCCAGAGGAGGAGGAGGAGGUUGGCGAUAUUGUGAUUGACGGCUCUGAUGAAAGUGACCAGGAGGCCAGAGAACAGGAUGCUGAGGAAGACAUCGACGUGGAUGAAGAGGAUGAGAGCAAAGAUUGAAUCCUUCUUUAAAGUGUUGCUCGUCAUUAUGCACAGAAGCUGGCUCUUGAUUUCUGCCCAGAAUGCUGAACAGCAUUUAAAGUGGGGUAAACUAUGAUAAAAGAACCAAGGCGUUGUGUUAUCUCCUCUGUUUUAUAUAGUAUAUACUGUGUAGUUUAAUGUACACUUACUUUACUUCCUGAAUGAAUUCUGCUUUUUUUAUUUCUGGAUCAGGUUCUCAGGCAUAUCAGGCCUUUUGUAUGUUAAUGUUUUGGGGUUUUUUUUUUAACAGAGGAUAGAAUUUAACUGUCAGAUGACUAGAUGAUAUCUGACUGCCCCAUGGCUGUCCUUACCUUUGGCAUACUUUUUCUCUGCAAGUUCUCCAAACAAAUAAUACCGAUGCCUUCAGCGGCAUUAUCAGUGAGCAUUUUGGUGUCGCAUAUCAUGCGUUAAGAAAAGACGUGCGACAAGCAGAAAGCGUCACUUUAAAGCUAAAUUUACAUUCAGAUGCACUAAGUACUGAACCAAAUUUUGUUCUCAGGGAUGAUCAUAGUGGUAAUGAGGAAAUUAAUAUUGUUUUUCGAGACCUUUUCUUUUCGCACAGUCAACAUUGGUUGCACAUAAGAUAGGUGUACUCUACUGUAGUCGCUAGAAUCAUGGUAUAUAUUGCUGGAUGUACUACCUGUAAUCGCCCUCUUGUUUUCCUUACCCUCUGUGAUGCUGCACACCAAGACUUACCUAUAUUCAUUGAUUUGGCGAAGGUUUUACGCCGGACGCGCUUCCUGAUGCAACCCCCCCCCCCCCCCCCCGUUUGUCCAGGCUAAGAAUGCACCUGUGCAUCCUCAAGUCACAACUGUGUACGAUGUCUAACUUAAUCAGGACACUUAUAUUUAACCAAUAUGUUGACUUGUUUUUGGGGACACAUUUUGUAACUCACUCCUGCUACAUUUAGCUAAUUUCUUUUUUGUAUAGGUUUUCUUCUUCUUCUUCUGAACGGGACUUUUGAGUUUGAUUUCUUUGUUUCCUUAUUUUGUGUGUGUAGUUGAUAAUCCAUGUUUUAUUUCUUUUCUCUCUUUUUUUUUUGUGCUCACUUCUCAUUUAGAAAUGUUAGUAUUUAUUACUUUUUUUUUUGGUUAAUGUUCGUUUUCCACAGUACGACAUGCCUGCGUGCAUGAAGAGUUAGGCAGCGUUUGACGUGUUAGUUACGAGACUGUGCAGAGGAGAUGUGUUGCCGUGCCCAGAGGACGUCAGCCGGACGGGCGGCUGAUGAAAUAGCAGCAGACAGAAGUGCACUGUAGCUGAGCUAGAGAGUUUGUACUGACCUGCUUUUCUUAGCAACUGAUACCCUGUAAAUAAUAUUUCAAUAGUCUCUUGGAUAAGGGGCUGUAGGUCUGUUCUUUAAGCCAUGACUACGUUUCUCAAAUAAUCUGGAAUUUGACAUUAACUUCCAUAAUCCUGAAAUUAUAUUUUGUGUGAUGAAUUUUAUAGGACACUGUAGUUUAAAGAGAUGUUAAUUGUUUCCUGUUUUGUUUGAUUUUUGAGAUGAUUAGGUCCAGCUUUGGAAUCAGACCUGAUAAAAUAGCAAGUUGUU